UCCGAGGAGAGCGGAUAUAGUGAAUGCGGGGUCCGGGGAGAGUGGAUAUAGUGAAUGCGGGGUCCGGGGAGAGCGGAUAUAGGGAAUGCGGGGUCCGGGGAGAGCGGAUAUAGUGAAUGCGGUGUCCGGGGAGAGCGGAUAUAGUGAAUGCAGGGUCCGAGGAGAGCGGAUAUAGUGAAUGCGGGGUCCGGGGAGAGUGGAUAUAGUGAAUGCGGGGGUCCGAGGAGAGCGGAUAUAGUGAAUGCGCUCUCCCUGGACCCCGCAUUCACUAUAUCCGCUCUCCCCGGACCCGCAUUCACUAUGUCCGCUCUCCCCGGACCCCGCAUUCACUAUAUCCGCUCUCCCCGGACCACGCAUUCACUAUAUCCGCUCUCCCCGGACCCCGCAUUCACUAUAUCCGCUCUC